AAGAGAAGAGGAAGCCGAGCUCUGUGAGGGCUGAACGUCCAACUUGUUUCAGUUCUUUCAUCCUUCUCUUCUCUUCGCUUCGGGGAAGUGACUGUGGCGCUUGGUCUCUCCAAGUUGGUGCCUAAGAAGAUGAUAAUCACACAAAUAAGUCAGUUCUACAUGACUAGCCUUGGGCUUCUCUUCCUGAUUAAUAUUCUCCCUGGAACAACUGGCCAAGGGGAAUCAAGACGACAAGAACCUGGGGACUUUGUGAAGCAGGAUAUUGGCGGACUCUCUCCGAAGCAUGCUCCAGAUAUUCCUGAUGACAGCACCGACAACAUCACUAUAUUCACCAGAAUCUUGGAUCGUCUUCUGGAUGGCUAUGACAACCGGCUGCGACCUGGGCUUGGAGAUGCAGUGACUGAAGUUAAGACUGACAUCUACGUGACCAGUUUUGGCCCUGUGUCAGACACUGACAUGGAGUACACCAUUGAUGUAUUUUUUCGACAGACAUGGCAUGAUGAAAGACUGAAAUUUGAUGGACCCAUGAAGAUCCUUCCACUGAAUAAUCUCCUGGCUAGUAAGAUCUGGACCCCUGACACCUUCUUCCACAAUGGCAAGAAAUCAGUGGCCCAUAACAUGACCACACCUAACAAGCUGCUCAGACUGGUGGACAAUGGAACCCUCCUCUACACCAUGAGGUUAACAAUUCAUGCCGAGUGUCCCAUGCAUUUGGAAGAUUUUCCUAUGGAUGUGCAUGCCUGCCCACUGAAGUUUGGCAGCUAUGCCUAUACAACAGCCGAAGUAGUUUACUCUUGGACUCUUGGGAAGAACAAAUCUGUGGAAGUGGCACAGGAUGGCUCUCGACUGAAUCAAUAUGACCUGCUGGGCCAUGUUGUUGGCACAGAAAUAAUCCGGUCUAGUACAGGAGAAUAUGUCGUCAUGACAACCCACUUCCAUCUCAAGCGAAAAAUUGGCUACUUUGUGAUCCAGACCUACUUGCCAUGUAUCAUGACUGUCAUUCUGUCACAAGUGUCUUUCUGGCUCAACAGAGAGUCUGUCCCUGCCCGCACGGUCUUUGGUGUCACCACUGUUCUCACCAUGACCACCUUGAGUAUCAGUGCCAGAAACUCCUUACCUAAAGUGGCAUAUGCGACGGCCAUGGAUUGGUUCAUAGCCGUCUGUUAUGCCUUUGUAUUUUCUGCGCUGAUUGAAUUUGCCACUGUCAACUACUUCACAAAGCGGAGUUGGGCUUGGGAAGGCAAGAAGGUGCCAGAGGCCCUGGAAAUGAAGAAGAAAACACCAGCAGUUCCAACAAAGAAAACCAGCACCACCUUCAACAUCGUGGGGACCACCUAUCCCAUCAACCUGGCCAAGGACACUGAGUUCUCCACCAUCUCCAAGGGCGCUGCUCCUAGUGCCUCCUCAACCCCGACAAUCAUUGCUUCACCCAAGACCACCUACGUGCAGGAUAUCCCAACUGAGACCAAGACCUACAACAGUGUCAGCAAGGUUGACAAAAUUUCCCGCAUCAUUUUUCCUGUGCUCUUUGCCAUUUUCAAUCUGGUCUAUUGGGCCACAUAUGUCAACCGGGAGUCAGCUAUCAAGGGCAUGAUCCGCAAACAGUAG